CCUUUGAAAGUAGAAAAGUGGCGGGUGGUAUCAGCUGGAAAUUGCAAAAAAAGAAUAUAAAUUACAACAUAACCUUGAAUAGAUUCAUUUUUCAUAAAAAUUAUGUAAUAAGAACAUUUAUAAAUCAUUACUUUUUCUUUUGUAUGAAUAGAGAAAAUUGUCAUUGAUUUCUACUCGAAAUGAGAAGAAUCAUCAUGUUAGGAAAAUGUAUAAAUUUCACGUGUACAACUUUCAUUCGCACGAAACAUUCUAGUCAUAAAUUUAAUUUAUGUACAACAAAUCUUUGUGCCUGUAAACGAUUGUUGCAUUGUUCUACAGUUAAUUUAGAACAUUUUCAAAAAAAUAAUAAUUUCAAGAAGGAGGAUGUUAAUAGACAGUCAAAAUUAUUAAGUAGCAAUCAAACAGAAUUUCCAAGUCAGAAACGAAAUAUGGGAAUUGCUGAAAAAUUUGUAAAUAAUUUAUCACCUAAAAUUCAACCCUACAUGAAGUUAAUGAGGAUAGAAAAGCCAAUAGGUUCCUGGCUACUAUUUUGGCCUUGCGGUUGGAGUAUAGCAAUGGCAGCACCAGCAGGAUCUCUACCUGAUCUAAAAAUGCUAGCACUCUUUGGAUUGGGCAGUGUUAUUAUGCGUGGUGCUGGAUGUACAAUUAACGAUAUGUGGGAUCAGGAUAUCGAUAAAAAGGUAAGUAGAACGCGGUCCAGACCUCUUGCUGCUGGAGAUGUAACACCGUUCCAGGCGCUAGUGUUUCUCGGCGGACAAUUAAGUUUAGGACUUUUAAUUUUAUUGCAACUGAACUGGUACAGUAUUCUUCUCGGUGCAAGUUCACUGGGUUUAGUGAUAAUUUAUCCUCUAAUGAAGAGAGUAACAUAUUGGCCACAAUUUAUAUUGGGAAUGACUUUUAAUUGGGGUGCAUUGCUUGGAUGGUCAGCAAUUCAUGGCACUUGCGAUUGGUCCGUUUGUUUACCGCUCUAUAUAUCAGGAAUUUGUUGGACAAUAUUGUACGAUACAAUUUAUGCUCAUCAGGAUAAAUACGAUGAUUUACUUGUUGGCAUUAAAUCGACAGCUCUUAAAUUUGGUAGAAAGACAAAAUUAUAUUUAUCCGCUUUUGGAGCAAGUAUGAUUGGUGGAUUAAUAACAUCCGGCGUAAUUAUUGAUCAGACAUUGCCAUAUUAUGUUUCCGUAGGAUUAGUCGGCAGUCAUAUUGCUCAUCAGAUUUACACGUUGGACAUUGAUAAUCCAAAUGACUGCGCAAAGAAAUUUAUAUCAAAUCACAGUGUGGGAAUGUUUCUCUUCUUUGGUAUUGUUUUAGGUAAUUUAUUAAAAAAUUAUUCAAACAAAAAUAAUAAUAACAAUAACGUGAAUGAUAGUCAGAGUAAAAAAAAUCCUAAAGAUUUUAAUCAUAAUCAAUUGUCGUUAGUCGCUAAUUAAUAGAUUCGUUCUUGCAAAAUAGAAUAUUUUAUUUUAACAAAAAUUUUGUAUAGAAUGUUGUAUAAAGCGAAAAGCGAACAAUUGUUUGCUUGAGGGAAACCAAAGAAUGUAAUUGUCAAGUUGAAGAAGAAAAACUGAGAAAAUGAAUAAGGUUUUAAUUAUUUAAUAAACUGUUUUUGUUUGCAAA